UGUAUUUCAGGGUUAAACCCACCUCCGUUACGGCUGGGCUGCAGUCCGUGAGAUAGCAAUUCCUGCCUGGGAAAUCCCAGUUACUGAAUGUGGAACAACGGAUCACAGUGACACAAUGGGGAGGAUGUUUGGGUUUGAUGUGUUCUUUCCCCCCAAAUCCCCACUGACGUUCCUGAUGGAUUCUCCUACAGCCGCACUGGGGAAGUUGGAACAAUGCUGAGGCCUCUGCUGAUCCCCUUGACAUACUUCUGUCUUCAAACCUGGCUGGGAAUCCCUCAGGCAAAAUGUCAGGUGAAGCUGAACAUAAUGGAAGAUGCUUUUGAUGACCAAUAUCUAGGAUGUGCUGAAGAAAUGGAUAAAGAAGCAGCUAAACUAAUACAGUUGGAAAUGUCUUCAUUCAGCCCAAUAUGGAAAAAUGCAGCAGAAAAAUGGAACAGUGUGAAAACAAAAAUUUCUCUCCCCAGGGGCUUUAAGGAUGAGUAUGGAAUAGCCAUAGUAGCCUAUACUGACCGCAGGCCAUACAACAGCAAAACAUUUCCAACUGAAUUUAAUGCGGCAGUGAGAGAGGCUGGGACAUCUCGAGCUCAUUACAUGGACAAUUUCCAUUUCAAAGCCUUCCAUUAUUAUUUGACAAGAGCUUUGCAGCUCUUAAGAGGAAAGUGUGAUGUGAUGUAUAAAAUGACGGUGUACCGGGGGGAUUCUAAAAAGUAUGAGUACCAGAAAUAUUGUGACAUCAGGUUUGGAUACUUUGCCUCUUCAUCUAUUAAUAGAACACAGGCUGAGACAUUUGGCACGGCAACAUUCCUCACCAUCCACACAUGCUUUGGCGUGAAUAUCCAGGACAUGUCAUAUAAUCCUAAGCAAAAAGAAGUGUUAAUUCCAGUCCAUGAGAUAUUCAGAGUGGUCACAAAUCAAGGGAAUAGCUACACCCUCCAGAGCAAAAAACAGGCCUGCAGCCAUUUUAACUGCACGUACCUGGGCGGAAAGAAGAACGACAUAUGUGUUGGCAACUCUGGCAGCCUGGCCUUCCCCAGUGAGCUGAGCCCUUCACUGUUUGGAGGAUCCGUCAUCCUGAUCCACGUUAUUGCUCUGAAGCUGUUUGCCAGUUUCUAAACUGUCCUAUUCGUGUUACUCACUUUUUCUCUCUAACACAAAUCAUGGUGAUGGGACUUGCCCGGUCCAAAGCCGCCCUGCUAUGCUGCCAGCGUUCCAAAGGGAAACCAGGAACACGGAGGAAGUGUCACUAGUACCUGUUUGGGCAAGCUUUGAUUGUACGUUAUCGAUUAGUAGAUCGAAAUGAAAGCUCAUAGUUCUGUCCCAGGUGGGAUUUGUCUUACAGUGCCAGAGCUAUAAAUGGGUGCACAUUAGAUAACAGUUAUUUGUAUUGCAGUCAAGCUAGAAUUUUUGUACCGAUUUUUGAUGACUUCAGUAAAAGACUUUUAAGAAAUGAGCUAAGUCGGAGUAUUUUCAUGAAUACCGUAGAUGGGUUUAAUCUGUGUCUCGGCCAGGUGACUCUGUAACAGCGCAGUUUGUGGGGUCCCAUGUCUAUAUCUCUCAGUCACUUUCAUAUCAGAUUUGCUCAGAAGAGGAUAUUUCUAACUGGUGGGCUCAUAGGCCAAAUUCUGAGCUAGUUUACCCACCUGCCUGCCCACUGACGGUCCUGGGAUUGCAUGCUCAGAACUUCCAUGCAUGAGAAUGAUGCUUCACAAACCAAUUAAC